CCUUUUUAAUAAACAAAGUUGACAUUUAAUAUUUCAUUUCUUUAGUUAUUUUUUUAUUUUGAAACAAAAACAUAUUUUGAGACAAAAUGAGGAGCUACUUGUGCCAAAUGCGACCGGUUCUGUUCUUAUUUUAUUUCGUGGAGAUCUUGGUCAAUAUGUUCCUGAUGUAUUUCCACCUGACGGGGUUUAUUUUCAUGAAGCUGGACUUUCUGCCGCUGACCGACGAGCUGAGCCACUUCUUCUAUCUGACAUGCUUCUACGUCUUCACCGUACUGACCAUGUUCGCGAGCGUCAACAUGUGCACCGGCAACAGCACCCGGAUCCUGGAGGAAGUAAUCCGGCCCAUGGCUGGGUUUGUAGUCUACACAUUCUGUUCCCUGCUCACACUGUCCGAUGCGGAAUCGGACUUUUACAUCAUGCACUCCCACCAGACCAAGCAGCAUCUGAAUCUGCCGGAGGCGCCACUGCAUCCCUUUUUAAGCCACAUGCGGAGCCAGGCAACGGCCACUUUGGUGUGCAGUGUUAUAUACUUGCUCCAUGGCCUCAUUGCCUUGGAUGUCCUGCUCUCGAAUGAGGAUUCUGACAGCGAACGGGAGUCUUCCUCCGAUCCGUCGGAAGAUUUUAUUGCCCAGACGGACUACGUGCCAGUGCGCCUCUACGUGCUGGGUGGAGGGAUUCAGGAGUGGCUCGAGAACUUUGAGUGGUUUCGCGAUUUCAUUAGCCGAAAGAAUCUCACAGUUUAAUCAUUUUUAUGAACCUUUUAAGUGAUGGCCGGGAUGGUCGUUUUUGUUGCCUACUUUCCGUAUAAAAAUAUAUACCUUCCUCUAUUAA